AAAAAGCAAACAGUGGGAUGGGAGAGCGCGAAUGAAAGCUGGACUCGCAAACAACAAAAGUGAUUGGAUUCUUCUCAUUCUCAUCAUCUCACAGAAUCAAUCACAACAAUAAUUCAAUUCUCCAAUCACAUUUAAUAAACCCCUUUUUUUUCACUUUCUCAACUCCAUUAUUUUUCUUCCUUUUUGCCCAUGGCGUUUAGAACCGGCAACACAAAACUCUCCUUCGAGGUUCUCCGACGAACUUCAAACGUCGAACAAGAUUCUCUCCUCCACCGUUCCAAAUCGGAUCCAAUAACUCAAACCGAUCGUAAGAAACGUAAGCACAAGAAGAAAAAGAAGCAUCUCGAUCCCGUUGAUUCAAUCGCCGAUUCCAGCGAUCCAAGCCACAAGAUUGAAUUGCCGCUCCAAAAUGGAUGUAACGGUUUCGAGCUUGAUGCCAUGAGGUAUUGCGGUAAUGGAGGAAGCGUUGUAUGUGAGGAAGCGACUGAAGCGAGCCUUUGUGCUGUUACUGCGGCGCCGGAAACCGGUGCUUCUUUUCCGACGAGUGUUCGUGGUGGUGUGGAAGGGUUUAACUUCGGUAAAUUGAGACAGAGGAAUGUGAGUUUUGGAAGUUCUGAUGAUUUUGUUGCUUCUGUCGUGGGCGAUGACGGUGGGAUUGGGAAGGAGGACGAUGGUGUGAAAACGAGUCCGGCGGUGGAGAAGCCAAAAAACGAGCCUGACAGAAUUGUUCUUACGAAAUCCGAAACCGUGGAAUCUGUUGACUGGAAGCGGAUAAUGGAAGAAGAUCCCAAUUAUGUGUUCACAGUAGAUAAGUCACCUGUAGCAUACUUCUUGGAGGAAAUGUACAAUGGAAAUUCUUUACGAAGCACAACUACUCUCGGCAAUGAAAUAGAACGAGAGAAAGUUUAUGACACUAUCUUCCGCUUGCCAUGGAGAUGCGAAUUGCUUAUAGAUGUUGGCUUCUUUGUCUGCUUCGAUUCAUUUCUUUCAUUAUUAACCAUUAUGCCAACGAGGAUCUUGAUGACCAUUUGGAGGAUUCUAAAGACAAGACAGUUCAAGAGGCUCUCUACAAUGGAGUUGUCAGAUUUUGGUUGUUUUAUUAUUAUGAUCUGUGGGGUUGUUCUUUUGCAGAGAACAGAUAUCAGCUUAAUAUAUCAUAUGAUCCGGGGUCAAGGAACAAUAAAAUUGUAUGUGGUCUACAAUGUUUUAGAGAUAUUUGAUAAAUUGUGUCAAAGUUUUAACGGGGAUGUGUUGCAAACAUCAUUUCAUUCUGCUGAAGGACUUGCAAGUUGCCCCCCAGAAAAUUUGAGAUUCUGGCUUUGGAGAUUUGUUUGUGACCAAGCUUUAGCUGUGGUAGCUUCAAUUGUUCAUUCUUUUAUCUUAUUAGCUCAGGCAAUCACUUUAUCCACUUGUAUAGUUGCUCACAACAACGCAUUGUUAGCUUUGCUGGUGUCAAAUAAUUUUGCUGAGAUUAAAAGCAAUGUGUUUAAGAGGUACAGCAAGGAUAAUGUUCAAAGUUUGGUUUACUUCGAUUCUGUGGAGAGAUUUCACAUUUCAGCAUUUAUCUUAUUCGUCUUGGCUCAGAAUAUUCUUGAGGCAGAGGGCCCCUGGUUUGAAAGCUUUCUUAUUAAUAUCCUCUUGGUGUAUGUAUGUGAAAUGAUUAUUGAUAUUAUCAAACAUUCAUUCAUUGCUAAAUUCAAUGACAUUAAGCCCAUUGCAUAUUCUGAGUUCCUUGAAGACCUAUGUAAACAGACUCUAAAUUUGCAGACCGAGGGUGUAAAGAAAAACCUAACUUUUGUCCCCCUUGCUCCGGCGUGUGUGGUUAUUCGAGUGCUAACCCCAGUAUAUGGUGCGAACCUUCCUCAAAAUCCUCUUCCAUGGAGAAUUUUCUGGAUGCUGCUUUUUUCAACGAUGACCUAUGUUAUGCUCACAAGCCUCAAGGUUCUCAUGGGCAUGGGACUUCAGAAACAUGCCACUUGGUAUAUCAAUCGUUGCCGGAGGAGGAAACACCACCUUCAUGCAGAUUAGUUUAAGAGGUCAAAUAUUUCUGUCUUGAGUUAGCGUGCUCUGCUGCCCAAGGAAUCCUACACAUGUGCCCGAAGAACAUUUACUUGCAUGGAGACUUAUGAAAUGCCUCGAUUCUUGAAUUAUCAUUGGUGAGUCACAUAUGAAAACGACUUUAUCCUUCUGUUGGUUUAUACUUGAAGGCAAGCCUGGAGAUGGUGUCUCCUUCCAAUUUUGAUAGCAAGAUAUAGUUUGAUGGUUACACAAUAAGGAUAGGAGUUUUUUCUUUUAUAGAAUAAGUAUAGAAAGUUAUAGGCUGCAUAGUUGUCAAUGUCAUUGGUUGUAAUCAAUCAUGCCUCCAUUCCCAGUCCAAUUAAAUUUGGCCAACUUAUUAAAACUUGAAAAAACCACACCAUAUUUUUCUUUUUAUUAAACAGUUACUUCCUAUUCGUCCUUAAAA